AUGGAUCAGAAAUUGGAAUCUUCAAAUUACAUUUUUCCUAAUCAGAAUCAUUCCAGCCAGGGACAAUCGUCAUUGCAGAGUCACGCAAUUCGCCAUCAGGAUUCACAAAUGCCAUACGUGAAGAAUGAAUCGGAAGGAGGAUUGGGGUCUCCGAUCAACCACCCAAGUUUUCAACAAUACAAGGGUCAACCCAAUUUACAAAGGCCAGAAUUUCCAAGCCAUGGGGAGUUUACUCCACAACAACAAACACACAACAUUCAGAAUUAUAAUCAGCAAAUGCAGCUUCACUUUGAACUUCAGCGGCAAUAUAUGGCAGGCAAUAUCGAGAACCCGCAAGUAUACAAUGAUCAGCCGGGUGGAAAUUUAACCCAGGUCUAUAACAUGCCGUCACCAUUUCAAAAUAGGGCCAAUAAUGAAAAUGCUACUGCUAAUAUGAACCCCAUGCAACCCAGGCCUGUGGAAGCAGAUGUAGGUAUGCUUAAUACCAAGUCACCAAUUCCUAGUAGGGCUUCAACACCAGUCGAAAAUAUUACUGGAAUGCAGGAGGCACCAUCAACAGGUAGAAAGAGAUAUAGAAAAUCAGACCAUGCGGUCCCAGGUGAUGACGGUGAUAACGAGUUGAAACAGUUGGCAUUUAAGGCGUCUCAACUACCACUUUCCGAUCUUGCAUUACGAAUCAAGUCAGUUGAAAAUGAUGAUUCUAUCCCAGAAACCAAAACGAGUUAUUCCACAUCCAAGGACACCAGUAAAGAAAGGCAACGUCAAAUAUUUGGCAUGGUCUGGUUACUCAAUUCAUGUGAAUCGUCGGCCACCGCAGUCGUUCCCAGAAAUAGGAUUUACGCAAGAUAUGUUCAAAUUUGUGCGGACAACAGUUUAAAACCUUUAUCACCUGCAAGUUUUGGUAAAUUGGUUAGAAUCUUAUUUCCUAACUUGACCACUAGAAGAUUGGGUAUGAGGGGCCAAUCCAAGUACCAUUAUUGUGGAAUCAAGUUAGUAGGUGACCAAAAUAUCCAAGCUGGAAAUUCGCCUACAUCAGCAUCACCAUCAAUUGGAAAUGAUUCUCCACAAUCUUUACAGAACCCUAAUACCCCUUCUGUAUCCAACAGUCCUAUUACUUCUGGUAUUUCUGCAUCAAACUCAUCAGCCGCAUUAAAUUCUAUUUUGUCAAACGGUGAAUAUUUGGCUAAUGACUUAAAGCACAUUCCAAAUCUUUUCGGUUUGAUCGACCUGUCACUUAAUGGAGAAAAUUUGAAUUCGCCAUUAAAUUUACCCUCAAUUUAUCCAUAUUUACCAAGAGAUGCUGAUUAUGAUAUUGCUGAUACAUUGUACUCGUUGUACAAAGUUCACUGCACAUCAGUUUUUGAAUUUUUAAGAUACAUGCAAGUCAGAAAAUUGUUUUCUUCUUUUGCUAGUUUCAAUGGGAUUUUGACAGCACCGGUUUUUAAAUUGUAUACUAAUGAUUUAAUUUCUGAAUGGGUCAAUGAAUGUGAUAACAUAAUGUACAAAACAAUGGCUAAAAUGUUGACUAAGUUACAUCUUCAGAGUGUCCCUGAUGACGUUUUAAGACAGCUAAAACAAAUUUCGAACCAAUAUGUGGAUAAAUUAUCAUACUCGCUACAGAAUAAAGUACCUAAAUAUUUUAUGGCCAUGAAAAUAAAGAAUGCCAAAAAGUUCAUUAUGAUUCUUUCACGUUUAGUUAAGGUAAUUGAGACAGGGUAUUCUGCGUCAAGAAUUUUGAACAGUGCACCAGAGAAACAAGCUAUGAUUGACGAUUGGCUAAAAUUAGAUAUUAACGAGAUUGUUUUACGAGAAGUUCCCUGCUCGAAGGGAAACGUAGAUUCAUUAUUGCAUGUUUUAAAUGAUGAUCUUCUUACCAUAUUGCAUGAGCAAGUUAAUUCCGAAACAUCAUCUGUGUUAACUAGAUCUGCCAAUUUUCUUGCGGAAUUACCUUCUAAGUUUUCUAAUGUCAAUCCCAGAUUAUUUACAUUAGUUUCUAGCAAUUUGCUUACGACAUGUCUUCGAGAAAUCAGUUUAAACGGAGGCCAAGGAUUUGGUACUUGGUGGAUUGUUAGAUGCUGGGUAGACGAAUACCUCAACUGGUGUUUUGAAUUAGGAGGAUAUUUUCUGGAUGAUUUUUCUACCUCUUUCAAUGAGAUGCCUAUUCCAGACAAAGAUACCAAUGAAAAAACUAACCCAAAAGCCGAUACCAGCGCAAAUAACACCAACACUAGUAUGGGCCAAUUUGAUGACUCUUCAAAUGAUCAAUUACGUCUCUCGAGUAUUGUUGACCUUUUAGAUGGUGCGUAUGGUACGGAUUCGGUUAAAGACGAUCAAAGUAACAACGAAAUGAUGUUAAAUUACGAUUCAGUUGGAGUUGAAAAUUUCUUAGGUAGGAAUGACGAUUUAUUAAAUUAA